AUGGGACCUCAAAAUAUAUCGCCUCGCGACACUACAGAUCCCUCAGCGCGUGGCCGACGAAGAAGUCGCUCGCCCGAAAAUGACGGUCCUGAACAAGAUGCAAGAGGCGAGGGAAACCGAGACGGUCCAAAUGGCGCAUCCUCCAACUCGGACGGUCCAGGCCCUGCCAGAAAACGAAGACGCAGUCGAAAAGGCUUGGAUAAGAGGUUCGAGUGCAGUGCUGAAGGUUGUGGAAAAAGCUAUUCGAGAGCCGAACAUUUAUAUCGACAUCAACUCAACCACAACUCCAAGCAAACUUACCACUGCACCUUUCCUAACUGCACACGGACAUUCGUUAGGGGGGAUCUUCUCAAAAGGCACAUGGACCGGCAUGCGGCAAAAGGAUCACAGCUUAAUCAACGAGACAGCAUGGCCGGGCACAUGGCGCCAGCCAUCGCUCCUGGUCAACCACCCAACUUCAGCCGAAACAACUCCAUGGAUUACGGAAAGUCCCAGCCAACGAACAUAUCUUAUCAGACGUCACAAAUCCCAACACCCAGUCCCUACUCGCCCAUGGGUAAUGUUCCAGCAGGGAUGUACCAAAACGGGCAUGUACCUAAUGGCAUGGAAAACUACAUGUCGCCGACUCAAGGCUACGACAAUCGCACACCCCAGCUUAGCCAACCUCAAUCGCCCGCAAUGUCACAAAGACCUUCAAUAUCAGCCGGCAAUUCACAGUACAACGUGAUGUCCCCCAUUGCUAACCAGCAUGGUUUCCCAACCCAACAAAACGUGGCACAGAACUCAUUUGUCAGCCAGCAGAACGUUAUGCCUAUGAAUUUGCCUCCUGCUCAGUACUCUAGUGGGCAGGAUUCUACCGUUGUCACUUCGGCUGAGUACUCGGAGCCAGGCACCACGCAAGCUAGCGAGAUGAUGAUGCUUGAUCAGAUGGCCAUGCCCGCGACUGUCCCUGUCUUUGGAGAAGGUGGUGAUCUGAACAAGUCCCCUUACGUCGGAAUGCCUGAGGAUUUCAUGGCUUAUCUUUUUAAUUCCCCAAGCCAGGCAAUGACUCCGGUUAUGGGUCCGAACUACACAAAUUAUGCCGAGCUUCAAAGCAAUCAGUUCAAUAUAUCCCUUUUGGGCACUGACAGUAACUCACUCGGAUAUUUUCCAAGUGCUCCCCAGCAGGUCAUGGCUGUCAACAAUCUUCUAGAUCAGCACGUUCCUGAAGCCACAAUAUCUGAGGAAAAAAGCCAAGAAUUGUUCGACUUCAUCAAAGAACGCUUUCAUGAUAACAAGCAUGCCCCGCCUGACCGCCAGUGGGUCGACCUACUGGAGGGCGAUCGCUCGAAUGGCGACCACAUGCUGAGCAAGAGGAUGAUGCAGGCUUAUAUUGGCUCGUACUGGUAUCACUUUAGCGACCAAAUGCCCAUACUUCACAAGCCUACGUUCUCGCCCGACAAAACUCCGAACCUCUUGUUGCUUGCUAUGAUGGCUAUUGGGGGUGCUUGUCUAGAUCGGACACAUGGACAUAAAGUGACAAGAGCAAGUGCUCAGUUGUCCAACUUUCUUGCGUGGCAUCUCCGUUGGGAUAUCUUUAUGGAUGUCAACUUUCGACCGCCUGCCAAACUAUGGAUCUUUCAGUCCCUGAUUCUGCUUGAACUUUAUGAAAAGAUGUUUGCUACAAGAGAACUCCACGAACGGGCCCAUAUCCACCACGCCACCACAAUCACUUUAAUGCGAAGAGGACGGUCCCUGAUCGGCAAAUCUGCAUUAGAUUCUCCGCCAAACCCCCGUGAUGGAUCCAACGGUUCUCGACAGUCCUCCACCUCCAGCACCACUGGAACGGCCGAUAAGUGGUGGGAACAUUGGGUCACUAACGAAGCAACCAGACGUGCGGCGUUCGCUGCAUUCAUUGUUGAUUCAAUUCAUGCCACCAUGUUUGGCCAUUCAGCGGUAAUGGUCGCUCAUGAAAUGCGACUCCCUCUCCCAUGCGAUGAAUCCAUGUGGAGAGCUGGAAGCAGCUCCGAGGUCUGGAGGAUUGACUCAAAUUUGCUGUCGAACGGUAUCAAACCAACUUCAUUUUUGGAAGGUCUGAAGCGAACACUGAGUGGCCAAGACGUUCACACAACUUCAUUCGGUAGAACAGUCAUCAUGACAGGUCUCUUGAGUGUAUCAUGGCACAUGCACCAGCGGGAUCUCCAGGUCAACGUCCUCGGCGGUGGUAUUAUCCAAGCUCUGGGUGGCCGUGACCGAUGGCGAGCUACUCUUACACGAGCAUACGACACUUGGAAAGCAGAUUUCGAUAAGCAUCUGGAGCGGAAUGAAGCGGCUGAUCCCUACCAGGACGACGCUACUAAGAGGCAAGAGUUCAAUGUCGUGUUUGAAAGCCGGACAGUUUUACAUCAUUUGGCUCACAUGGCCAUGCAUGCCGAUAUUGUCGACUGUCAAAUGUUCGCUCGGGCAAAGCGUCUCCUUGGUCGAACUAUAGGGCCUCAAGAGUUCAAUAGUGCCCAAAGGCGGAUCAAAGACCACUGGGCCCAUUCGGCAAGGGCUAGAGAUGCUGCUUUUUAUGCAAUCAAAUUUCUUUGCUCCGUUCUGGCUCCUGAUCAGGUGUCCCCGGCACACGCUGGCGGUUAUCAUCUUGAUGAGCCAUACGACGCCCGCGACGAUGUUCUUUUGAACCGGCCAUGGGUCAUGUACUUUGCUGCCCUGGUCGUCUGGAGUUAUGGGUUCGCACUGGAAGGUCCCUGUCAGAAUAUUUCACUACCUACCAACAAACAGGAGAAGCUUCAGCACAUGAGAAACUAUUUUAUCAAGUUUGGCACCAUUGAGAAUCCGGCCGAUUUACAGAACAGAACAGGGUUUAACUCGAACACAGCUCUUCUCAUGGUUCUAAAAGAUACUUUCGAGACAACACGUUGGGAACUCCUCCAUGAAGCUGCUACACUGUUGAACAAUUGCAUUGUUUUGAAUCAGGGCGGGACAAUCGCCUGA